CCCCGCGGCUCGGCGAGGCUCCGCCCGGCGCCGCUAGGGCAGCGUUAGGACGUGCACCGCCUCCCUUCCUUCUCGCCCCUGCCGCCGGGAUGCCGAAGCUUAGCAAGGAGGCCAAGCAGCGGCUACAGCAGCUCUUUAAGGGUGGCCAGUUCGCCAUCCGCUGGGGUUUCAUCCCAGUCGUGCUCUACCUAGGUUUUAAGAGAGGUGCAGAUCCUGGAAUGCCUGAGCCAACUAUCUGGAGUCUACUUUGGGGAUGAAGGAUAUGGUGAUCCUGUUCUAGAACCAGCCAAGGGACAGAGAAGUGUCUGAAGAAACAUUCCAGAGGAUGAGGUGGACACUUAACACCAGCUGGCUCAAUCAGCUUGCUAAUGAUAUAGGUUGUACAUACAACAAAAUGGAGUUUCUAUGGACCUAACUUAUUUGCAUUAGGGUGUAAUUAAAUAAAUACAAUUUGAAUGG